UAACACCUUGCUUAAGAGUUACAUCAGUUUAUUAUACUUUUUCUUUAUUGCUUUCGCGGCCUCCAAAGAAUGUCUCCGUUUGAUUGGAAAACCGUCGCCGGGGGGAAAUAUUCCAAUGCAACAUGCUUCCCUGGGACUGAGGCUUUCUGCAUCCUCUGCUGCUGAAUGAAGCAUCUUCCAGGGAGGACGAGAGGAGCUGAAGCAGCCAGGGAGGUGCAGUGCCGUCGGGCCAACGUCUUGCCUGCUGUGGCAGAGUCUGAGACUCUGGACGAGUCAUCCUCAUGCCACUUGUAAAUAACAAAGUUGGGGAUGAUUCUACAGUUGGCAACGGCAACGCUCUGUCUGAUGGAAAGGCUUUGGUGGACUCUUUGAUAAAGGUGGUAGCCUGUUACCGGCAUUUGGCUUCCUGCAUCGGUGGAUGCACAGACAGCUUGCAGUUGCGAGAUGAGUUGCGGCAGACGAGAGAAAAGGCCCAAAAGCUGGCAGAGACCAUCUGCCAUCACUUGACCUCGCGCCUACGUGACAAGAGCCUGCCCGAGGAGCAGCGCAAGGAGAUGGAGCUCCUCUGGGUGGCCUUCUCCUCCAGUCUAGAGCUUCUACACAUUGACAUGUGCAAGGUUCACAACAUCAGUGACAUUUUCUUAGUGGCUAACAAAGCAUCCCUGGUGCAAACUGGCGUACAAGGAGGAGUCAGUGAGGUAGCAGCCCGGGCGCUCAGUUUACCCGACUUGAACCAAGCCCAGACGCCCAGCCUCCCUGCCAGCCUGGAGAACGAAGAGCAAUGCACCCUGGGGGAGGAGAUCAGUCGCAUUGACCACAUGAUUGACGACAUGGAGAUGAAGGUCAACGUGCUGCGCUGGAUGGUGGAGCCCCACGGGCCGCAGUACGCAGACCCGCUCAGCAGCGUCGACAGCACCUCCUUAACUCUGUUCUCUGUAGAUGAAGAGCGGCCCGGCUCGGCGCCCCAGAGUCCACCCCAGAACCGCUGCAUCCUUGCGCUCUCACUGCUGCUUGCUGUUGUUUUAAUGCAAGUCACUUUAUUUAUCUGUAUUUUUCUUUUCUCAUGAACACAACCUUAACAUAUUCAACUCUGUCUUCUCUAUACAACCUCAGAUUAUUCAGAAUAACUCUGUAAAAAACAGUUAGAUUUUUAAAGAACCUUAGUCCUUACUUAGUUUAGGGUUGUUAGUUGAUUUAUAGAAGAUUUUUAGACUUAAAUAUUUGUUUCAAUUGUCACUUUAUUUUGCAGUGAAUCCAAAGCUGCCAUAAACCUUUAAAGAAUUCCGAUUACAACAAAGACGAGAAAUAAGCAUCAAACUGUUUUCAUUCUAGAAAAAGUGAACUAUUUGACCCUUCAACAAUGCAACUAUUUCUUACACACAUUCCUCACUCAAUGAAGUAAAUUUGCAUUUGAUAAAGAACUCUUGUAAAUUUUUCUUUUUAUUGCCACUGUGAGGCCAUAGGUGCUGAACAAUGCUUUGUAGUUGGAUUUUGGAUUUGUAUUUUGUACAUAAUCUGAGCUGUAUGAAUAACAAACUACCUAGUAAACAUGGCAUAAUUAAAGUAUCAACUUUGACAUGA